ACUCUCUGUUUCGUCUUUAUAAUCAAUCUUCUCUCUCGAUCUGUGGCUCGAAUCUCCUCUCCUCUCUCUCUGGACCUCUGGACCUCUGGACCUCUGGACCGCUGUCGGCUGCGCUGUUGCUUCCUGGAGAAUUUCUCUCUCUGUAUCUCUUUUUUCCUUUUAGUUCGGUUCGACUUUCCAAGGUGCUAGCAGUGAGGGAUUGUCCUGUUACCAUGUCUGAUCAUAUCAUGAAGUCAUACCAAGAAGGGAAGGGAACGUCAAUGCGGCCCUACCAUUCAGUUUGGUUGGCUCAUUGGUCACGUCCAGGCUGCAAAUCAGCAAAUGGAGCCUGCAAUAAUUUAUCGACCAGCGGAGAGUCUGGUGAGGAGAGUUCUCAAACUAAGAAGCGCCCUUUGCUUGAAGGUCCAAUGGCAACUACUGUCACUGCAAAUCAUGACAUUGGGUCUGGAGAAGUAGCAGGAGUACGUGCAGAUAAUACCAACAAUAUGACUGGAAGAUCUAAGAAGUGCAGGAAAGAAAGGUUAGAUUCUGAGCCCUUUCCUAUGAUCAAUGAUUCUCAGCAUAGAGGGGGUAAAUUGGCUCUGAAGAUUGAACAGGCUACGGCUAGUCGAAGUGGAGCUUUGAAAUUUCAUACCGGUUCUGAAUCUGAGCGCAAAACUUCGUCCAUGGAUGGAAAGGGGAGUCAGUGGCCAUCGCUGCUUGCAGUAGUUCCUGAAAGAGGUAAGCCCAAGAAGGAACAGAUAAAGUCCAAAGACACACACCAACAUGGGGAUCCCAGUAAGUUCCCUAACAACAAUGCCCCAACUGUUUCACCAUUUGUUGGAGAUGAGACUGUGGCAUCAGCUUCCAACUUUGUACCUUAUGAAAUGAGUAAUCUGUUCCCAUUCUCCACAUGUGAACAAAGUAUCAACAACGAACCAAAUUCCUGUUUGGCAUCCAAAAAGCAGGUUGAGAAUACUAAUUUCCAUACUUACUCUACUCUUUUUGUUCAAGAGACAAAAAUCAACCAACUUUUGGAUACAACGCAAGCUACAAAUGCACUGUCAAGGCAGCACAUGAGAACGUUUUUACUGCAUAAUCCCUCUUCAAGCAAUCUUGACCAGCAAAAUCCAUACCCCAUACAAUGUGACACUAGGAAAAAUAGUUCAAAUGCCUUACCCUUUCAAAGUCAGGACAACCAUUCAGACACUGCCUUACCAGAAUACUUAUACCAUGGAGGUUACUCAAUGCAGAGGCUUCCAUUUUCUGUCCACGACGUGGAAACUAUGAGAAUAUGUACCACUGUAGACUCUGUUGGACAGGCGCUCAGGGGUCCUCCAAAAUUUUGUCAGACAACUCACCGUUUAAUGAUCACUAAAAAGACUGAUGUUGACUUGUAUGAAGGUCAGGCGUUUAAAGUGGCAUCUACCAAUCUCAAAGAAGAAUCUGCAUGUGCACUUCUUGGUUCAUCCACCAAUUUAGGCAGAGACGAUCAUAAGGAAAAUGAAGAUCUUGGAAAUAUGAGGAGUGCUACUUCUUUGAGCAACGAGUCAUCAUCUGAGACUGAUAUUAUGGACAUGGAUGCAUACCAAGACAACCAUUCGAGGGACAUGGAUACAUCAGAAGCAGAUAAGGAGUUGAGGAGUUCAAAAUCACCACUGCUCUCUGUGAGUGCAAUUGGUUCGGUUAGAAAGCAAAUUGGAGGUCCGCUGCGGACGAAAAGAUUACUUAAUAUAAACGAAAGGCCACCCAAUCGCUCUACUUCUACAAGCCUGAUGGAAAACGGGGAGUCAAGUACCUCUAAAACACAAACUUUAGACGCAGAACACCUCCUUUCAAAUGCUGAGCAGCAAAGAUUUUCGAACUCCACUGCCCCUCCAGAAGACUCUUCUAAACGGGAGAUAGACAGUGGGUGGGUUAAACGUCUUAGGCCAUGCGCUUCAGAGUCUGUUCAUGACACAAAGAGCACGAAAAAGGAGGAAGACUCUUCCUGUGAUAAAGCCAAUCAGCUCUUCAAUAAAAUGAAACGCAGCUCAACCAGCUCUGAUCGCUCUAGGGGUCCACUCCAUGGACAAGAGCAAUUGGCAGUUGGCCAAACGGCAACUAUAGUAAAAGCUAGUGACUUGUGCAGCAACUUGAGAUUAAAAAAUCGAGGAAUGAUACUCUCCAGUCCCUGGAUUCGAAGAUUAUGUCAUAAUAGACCAACAUCUUCUGAAAGAAAUCUUGAAACUGCUGUGGUUCACAAAUCACAAUGUUCUAGGCCAAUUUUAAAUAAGCCAAUGCCCAGUAUAGCUGCUAUGGCAUUGAUGGGCAAGACAGUGACUGGGCUUCAGCCAUGUGAGUUCAGCAGAAGAGGAUCUUCACUGGUCUGGAAUACCGAGGGUAUUUGACAACCCCGAGUCGCUUAAGUUUCGACACUAUUGAUAUCUAGAAAUGGAGUUAUUUCUAUUGAACUGCCUGGCCAUCAUCAACUCAGACCCAAGUAGUUUGAACUGCUAGAGAGCUAAGUUAAGCUUCUGGAUAAGCUCGUUACAGUUGCCACCACUGCCUGAAUGGAAGAAGAGAAGGGUUGCUGUUGGUUCCUUCAUAUGGUUUUGUGCUCGAUUAUUCACGAUGUACCUCCUAGGGCUGAAGGCAAACGUGAGGCAUCCACCCAUUUACAGUAAAGAAACGAGCAACGAGCCUGUAUACAGUUCUAUAGUUUUGAAUGAUUUGUAUUCUGCGUGGUUCUUUCUCAAUAUAUGCUACCACUUUUUGCCUAUGAUUUUAGCGUUUCUCACUUUUUCCAGGAAGAAAACUAACAUACAACCAUUAUAUGGUUGAAGUGGCUAGAGGAACAACAUUCAGUAAUCCGAAGCUGUCAAUAUCAAUAUAGGAUGGAAAUUUGUGGAGUCUUAACCAAUCAGGUCCCAUUUCUAACCUCACAGCCAGUAUGUUCCAGAGCAGAUUCAAAAAAACCACCUCCUUGAAUGGUUGAAUCCAUACAGGGCGGAGCAAACUGAGUUAUAACGUCUCCCAUGUUUUCAUCACUUGCUUCAGAGUGUCAUCUCUCUUGAUGGUGACUGGAGUGUGCAUAUUUGGAACUCUGCACUUAACUAGAGGACGAGCGCUCGACAAGGUAAGUGCCCUCUGGCCCCCUUUGACUGUCGGGUUAGAGUCUGCUUGUUCUUUACUCGAUUCCAUAUGCAUGAACUCCUUCACUGUUAGCCUCCUGCAAUUCAUCACUUACGAUCCAUUGGCAAUGGCA